AUGUCGCCUGUACCAGUCCAAGUCAAUUCCUCCUCCAAGCUGCCAUCCCCCGGGUUCAAUGCCGGUGCGCGACCAUAUCGAUCGCACAAGGUUCGCGCCUGCGAUCUGUGUCGCAAGCGCAAAUCACGAUGCACCGUUGAUAUUCCAGGCCAAUCUUGCCUCUUGUGUCGCGUGCAGGGUGCCGACUGCCACUACCAAGAAGAGGCCAAUGCAGAUACUUCGGUCAUGAGUGCCCCGGAGCAAAAGUCCUGGUCGGGCCCUCCGCCGUUGUCGGGAAUGACAGCGGUGGAAGCCGUGCCGGGACAGAAGCGCAAGCGCAGUCCCGACGACUUUGCCCACUCGGGUCAGAACAUCCCGCCCCGACAACCGAUCAACGGUCCUAGCCCUCAUGGAACGACUUCCUCGAGUGGUCGUCGGGGAAGUGAUGUGCGGCGCAAAGACGAUGACCCUCAGAACGAAUCUGUUCUCAUUGUUGGUCCAAUGGUCGCUGAAGAUGCGCAGGUUAUUGAGAAGCACAUGCCACCGGAACAGAGGAGUCUUUCCGAAGAGCCCAAGAGCCACCCAUAUAACAUUUACUCAAGUGAUCCACGGAAGCCGGUUCUAUACACUACAAUCUCACGACGAAGAAAGGGUAUGCGUAGAGGUACGCCCCCGGGCGAGAAUCAGAAGGAAGUCCUCGAACAAAUACUCGGCCCGUUCAAACAUGAUCUAGUGAGACUGUUCAUUGACCGAUUUAAUGUCUCCUUUCCCAUCUUCGACGGGGAAUCGUUUUGGGAAUCAUACAUUGCCGAGGACCUGCAAGACCCCCCCGCCGCACUCGUAUGCCAGGUCUAUUCCAUGUCUCUUGUCUACUGGAAACAUACACAAAAGCUCUCGUGUCAUCCGAAACCUGAUGUUCGAUAUGCGGUUAAUAUGACGGUUGCUGCGCUGCACGAAGAGUUCUCCGCCCCGGGGUUAGACACAAUCAGCGCGGCACUGAUUGAUCUAACUGGUCGGCCCAUUUUUUCAAUGACUGGAAAUGCCGUUAGUUGUGGUCGGAUGCUGUCAUUGGCGAAUUGUCUUGGUCUGAACCGUGACCCCAACAGCUGGAAGCUCUCACAGGCCGAGAAAGACCAACGAAUACGCCUCUGGUGGGGCGUCGUCAUCCACGACCGUUGGGGAAGUUUUGGUCAUGGCGUACCGCCACAGAUCUCCAAAAACCAAUACGAUGUACCUUUACCUACCGUGGAUGUCAUCGUCCCGGCACAGUUCCGAACCACAGAGCGCGUGAGAGCAGCACAUUGCCAUAUUUACUUAUGUCGAUUGACCGAAACGCUGGGUGAACUAUUGCCUCUGGUUUAUGGCUUGCAACAUAAACCCGCGCGUGAGACAUCAAAAAAGCUCAGACAGAUCCGUACGGAUCUAGAUAUGUGGGAGGAUGCCCUGCCAGAUUGGCUCAGGGGGCCAUCAGUACACCCCGGAGAGCGAAUCUACGGAGCCAGUAGCUUGCAAUUGGCUUUCUUGGCUGUCAAGAUGCUUGUCAGCCGAGUAGAACUAAAUGAGGUCAACAAUUCAGAAACGGAAAACACAGAGGCACGCCGAUAUUUCCAAACUGAGUGCCGACGGUCAGCCGAGGAGAUUGUUUCAUUUAUAACCUCUCUGCGCAAAGACAACUUCAAAGAGUUCUGGUUACCUUACAGCGCCUUCCAUCUCACGUCAACAGCUACUCUACUUAUUCGAUGUGCAUUUGAAACUACCGAUAGCGAGGUUGCACGAUCAUGUCUUGUCAAUGUGGAAACUCUACGUUCGGUUUUGCGACGCGUGCGAGAGGAAGAAGACUGGGAUGUAGCAGACAUGUGCUUAGACCACUGUGAACGCAUCAUGCACCGACUUCCUGGGACCGGCGAAACCAUGGACCAGGCGUUCACUAACAGCAUGGCAGACAAUGGGCUCGUCAACCCUGCUGCGAUUUCGCUUCCGGAGACCCAAACGAACAAUGACAUUGUGGAUGACAUGAUGUCAAUUUCCAAUACCUUCGGGACCAUGGACGGUUUCCCCUUCGACAUGACUGGAAUAUGGGAUGUCUCCGUCUUCCAGGACGUGAACCUCACAUGA